AGUUCCCGAGUUGAAUUCUUAGUUGGAUGACGGUUUAAAACGAUAUUUCCAAGUCCGGGCUAUUUUUUUUAAGGAGUUUCCAGUUGUUUUAAAGACGCUGUGGUCCGAAGUCGGAGAUUUAAAAGUUGCCAGUUUCGAGUUCCUAGUUGUUUUGAACGCGGCAUAACCAACAGCGCACAACAGAGCGCUUUUGGCUAGAGUACACGUGCCUGCUACAGAGUGGGCACACUCGCUAUAAUAUAACGCAGACAUUGUUGUGAGAAAACCAUCAGUAGAGUUGAAAAUGCGAUGGAAACCCAUUUGAUUAAGUUAUAUUUUUUAUUCAGUACACGGGAAUUUAACAGUAAAAGUUAUUUUUAUGAGUACUGCGUCAUCAAGCAAAGUCAACUUGAUAAAAAACACAUAUCUUCUGGAAAAAAAUGCGCAUAUAAUCCUUCUCCAAUUUCGAUGGAAACCUAGGUUUUGCUACGUUUAUCCAUGGGUCAAGUGUCUGCGCUCCAGUCCGUCAUUGUCAUGGCAACGGUAAACAGAGGAAGAGGUGAGUUGAAGAGGCGAAACUUUAUAGUUUACAGGAGCCAAGAGAAACGACUAGCAAAACAUGUCGGAUGUUGGAUCAGAGGAUUUUGAUGAUGAUCAGGGUUACCUUGGAGAAUAUGAAGGGGACCGAAAUGAAGCUGGAGAGAGACAUGGGGUCGGGAGAGCUGUCCUACCAAAUGGAGACACUUACCAAGGAAUGUAUGAAAACGGGAAAAGGUCUGGCCAGGGAACAUACCGAUUUAAGAAUGGGGCCAGGUACAUUGGAGAAUAUUACCAGAACCUGAAGCACGGACAGGGUAUCUUCUACUACCCAGAUGGAUCCAAAUAUGAAGGCAGCUGGGUUGAUGACCAGCGCCAGGGCCAUGGCCUCUACACAUACCCCAACCAAGACACAUAUGAAGGAGAGUGGUUACACCAUCAAAGAAAUGGACAAGGUAUAUACCACUACAACGACACAGGUUCCAGGUACAUGGGAACGUGGGUGAUGGGCAAGAUGGAGUCAGCAGGAGAAUUCAUCCACCUGAACCACAGAUACCAGGGCAACUUCCUCAACAACAAUCCGUCAGGCCCAGGGAAGUAUGUGUUUGAAAUUGGCUGUGAGCAGCAUGGAGAAUACCUACAGGUGGAUCAGGACAGAGGGGAUGCCGAGGAGGAUGAGACAGUAUCCACCAUGGUCCUAAAGUGGAAGCCCAAGGCUGUCACGGGCCUGUCCCUCUGGACCCCAGCCAAAGAUCCAUCCUCGGACGGAGAAGGACUGGCCUCUGCAGACGAGAAAGGGGGAUCCAAACCUCCCACUCCAGAGACCUGAGACCUUGCCAGAUUCACACAGCAAACACACAUUUCAAUAAUAAAGACAUCUCUCUCAUAA